AUGGUCCCUCAUGCGGGGUUUGACCCUGACCAGAUUAGAGAUAAGGCACGCAAGGACCUUCUCUAUCUCCUCGAAGGCGUUCGCGGAAAGAAAAAUCUCGUCAUCGAACGUAGUUUGGCUGGCCCGAUUGGCGUCGUAGUCAAAGUAUCAACGUUACAAGAUUAUGGUGUGGAUAAAUUCUUCUUCCUGGAAAAUGGGAAUGCCGACACAAGCCAACGCAAUGUCGUGUUUAUGGCACGAGGAGAGUGUGCCCGACAUGCUCAGUCUAUAGCUGACCAGAUCAAGCGGCUACAGCGCGAAAGCCAGACCGGUCACGAAUUCCACGUUUUCUGGGUUCCCCGCCGCACUCUUGUGUCCGACAAACUUCUCGAGGAAUCUGGUGUACUCGGUGAUGUGAAUAUAGCGGAGCUUCCAUUGUAUUUCUUCCCUCUAGAACGAGAUGUCCUAUCCCUAGAGCUCGAUAGCUCUUUUCAAGAUCUCUUCCUGUUCAAAGACACCACACCGACUUUCUUAAUGGCGAAAGCUUUGAUGGGCAUCCAGUCGAAACAUGGGCUCUUCCCACGUGUCAUAGGCAAGGGCGACAACGCGAAGCGCGUAGCGGAAUUACUUACUAGGAUGCGACAGGAGAUAUUGGCCGGUGAGGAUGCAAACGAGGGUACUAGGUCCGGGCUUACUCCAAGCAACACAAUUGAAAGUGCCAUCAUAAUUGACCGCGAAGUCGAUUUUGUCACACCUUUGCUCACCCAGCUGACAUAUGAAGGGCUGAUUGAUGAGUUUUGGGGAAUCCAAAAUAAUCAAGCCGACAUCGAUUCAACCAUCGUGGGAGCUCCGUCGCAAGCCGCUUCUCAAAGCACGGCAUCAACUCCAACACCUAGCACUGCCUCAAGAAAGCGCAAAAUCCAACUGGAUUCUUCAGAUAAGCUCUACGACGGACUCCGCGAUGCGAACUUUGCAAUCGUUGGUACUCUGCUCAACAAGGUUGCGAGGAGAUUGCAGAGCGACUACGACAGCCGACAUACGUCUAAGACCACUGCGGAACUAAGAGAUUUUGUCAAGAAGUUACCUGGCUAUCAAACCGAACACCAGAGCUUGAAAAUUCAUACGGGGCUUGCUGAAGAGAUUAUGAAGCAUACUCGGGCAGAUCAGUUUAGCCGCAUGCUGGAGGUCCAACAAAACCUUGCCGCGGGGGCCGAUCCGGCUUCUCAGUUCGACGCCAUCGAAGAGUUGAUUGCGAGAGAUGUACCGUUGCGAGAAAUUCUUAGGCUUCUGUGCAUAUACUCAUGCAUAUCUGGUGGUAUCAAGUCCAAGGAUUUUGAUCAAUUCAGACGCUUGGUCUUAGAAGGCUACGGCUAUCAACAUCUCUUGACUCUGCAUAACCUAGAGAAGCUACAGCUAUUCUUGUCUCGCACUUCGCCUAUGGCGAGCAUGAUUCCUAUGCCGGGGUCAGGGACGGCAACGGGAACCAAGACCAAUUAUACCUUCCUGCGCAAACAACUCCGCCUAAUUGUCGACGAAGUUAACGAACACGACCCAAACGAUAUCGCCUACGUUUAUAGUGGCUAUGCGCCACUUUCUAUACGGCUUGUGCAGUGUAUACUGCAAAAGCAGUAUCUCCUCUCCAUUACACGUGGAAAUACGGGGGCCGGUGCAGGGACGGCUGCUGGAAGCGGCGCGCAAGGAUGGCGAGGAUUUGACGAGGCCGUAAAACAUGCGAGAGGCCAAACAUUCGACGAACUUCAAAAAGGCGAAGAUAAGGCGGUCAAAGCCCGAGCUUUACUGUCAGGGGGAAGCGACAAGAAGACGGUGUUUAUCGUGUUCGUAGGAGGUAUCACUUUUACUGAAAUCGCUGCUCUGCGAUUUAUCGCGAAAAAGGAAGAAGCCCGGAGAAAUAUUGUUAUCUGCACGACGUCAAUCAUUAGCGGGAACAAGAUGAUGGAUGCUGCAGUAGAGAAAGAUGCUGAUAUCACCAAAUCUUUACCCGCCGCUCUCCUCACAGAUUCGCACACUUCUUACCACGCUGAGUCAUCUACCUCCAGAGAAACGCCAAGAACAGAAUCCGAAAUCAUCGUACGAAUUGAUGAUAUGGAUAUUGAUACCGACAAUAUGGCAUCCAUCACCGUAUCACAAGAUGAAUCUACAGUUAACGAAACUCCCGGAAACUCAUUCGAGUCUCCACCGUCGGCCAUUUCAGAUCGGUCAGAAUUGACGUCCGCUCCUUCUACGUCGUCGCCCUCGAGCAAAGCGACGACGCCGGUUGAUGUGGAUACAUUCAAAGAACCAUUCUUAGCCCACAGUGCUCAGACCACCACCAGUAUCAAGUCGAAAAGACGAACGUUCGACGUACGCCCGCGAGUGUCUAUUCCGACAGAUAUCGCACCGCACGACUAUGCCAAUCAAUGCAUAGCUGCGGCCGAGUCAUCUAGGCUGAACCCAUACGCUUUACAUCAGGACGAAUACUUGAUGUUAAGAAACCACCUCAGUCACGCUCAGGUGACGACUUAUCUAAACAUCCGAAAUGGGAUCCUCCGGUUAUGGUUAAACAAUCCCCGAAUCGGUGUUUCUCGUGAGGAGGCUAUCGGGUGUGCCAAAGACCCUAGAUGGUUUGACGCAGCUAACGUAUGCUAUGAUUGGCUCAACCGCUCCGGGUAUAUCAACUUCGGUUGUGUACAAGUUCCCUUGCAUAAGAAGCAGCCAAAGAAGAUAAAUCUGAACAAAAAGGGAAAGACUGUGGUUGUCAUUGGUGCUGGCCUGGCCGGAUUAGGAUGUGCGAGGCAUCUAGAAACCCUAUUCAAGCAAUAUGCUGCAGAAUUUCAAGAAUUAGGUGAAGAGGCUCCAAGAGUGAUCGUCCUAGAAGGCCGAAAUCGCCUAGGUGGUCGUGUGUAUUCACGUGCACUCGACGGCAGCAAGAGUCAGCAUCUAAUCGGAUUCAAAGGUCGGCGACAUAGUGUUGAAUGUGGUGGCAUGAUCAUUACUGGGUUUGAAAGAGGCAAUCCUUUGAACGUUUUGUUGAGAGGUCAGAUGGCGCUGCCGUACUAUUCUUUAAGACCUGAUACUACACUCUACGACGCAAAUGGCAAAGCCGUCGACGAGAAGCGUGACCGCCUCGUUGAAAAGCUUUACAACGAUUGCCUCGAGCGAGUGAGCGACUACAAAUUUAAGAAUCCGCCGUCGAAACUCAUAGAAGGUAACAAAGACUUGAUGGACGAGGGCCGAGAUAAUCGAGCGACAGGUAAAACGCACGCCGAACCCAGUACUCCGGCUACUCUAAAAGCAGCUUACAAGGCGCGCUUGAUGGGCUGGACUCUCAAAAACAACAUUACCGAAGACCACGACUUGGACCUUGACGCAGCAGCUAAAGCGCCUAAUGCCACACUUGGUUCUGUUAUGGACGAGGCAAUUACCCAGUAUAAGGAUAUCGUUGACCUCACGCCGCAAGACUUCCGACUUAUGAAUUGGCAUAUAGCCAAUCUCGAGUAUAGCAAUGCUACUAACUACAACCAGCUAAGUAUAGGAGGUUGGGAUAUUGACGCUGGCAAUGAAUGGGAAGGCAAGCACACGAUGGUUAUCGGUGGCUAUCAGAGUGUUCCGUGGGCUCUGGCAAACACACCCUCACGAUUAGAUAUUCGAAAGAACACAGAUGUCAAGCGAAUAUUCUAUGACCCUGAAGGCUUGGGGACUACUCGAGUCGAAUCUGAAGAUGGAACAGUAGUAGAGGCUGACUAUGUUGUUUCAACUAUACCCCUUGGAGUUUUGAAGCACGGUCACGUCGAGUUUAGCCCUCCGUUACCAUCUUCCAAAACGGAUGCAAUUGGGCGCCUCGGGUUUGGCAUCCUUAACAAAAUUAUCUUGGUCUACGCGGAAGCCUUUUGGGACGGUACUAAGGAUAUCUUCGGCUGCCUCCGCACACCGAAAUCGCGUCAUAGUGUCAAGCAAGCUGAAUACGCCUCGCAACGUGGGCGAUGCUUCCAAUGGUUCAACGUGUCAAAUACAAGUGGCAUCCCGGUCCUCAUCGGCCUCAUGGCUGGAGAUGCUGGCUUUGAUACCGAGCAUUCAGGGAAUGAUGAACUCGUUGCUGAAGCCACUGAGGUCCUUCGGAGUGUCUAUGGUGCUAAAGUUCCUAAGCCGGUUCACUCUAUCGUCACACGUUGGGGUUCUGACAAGUUUGCUCGAGGAUCUUAUUCUUCUGCUGGUCCUUCGAUGCGUCCGGAUGACUACCAGACGAUGGCUAAAUCAAUUGGCAACCUAUUCUUUGCUGGCGAGCAUACGACUGAAACCCAUCCUGCUACAGUACAUGGUGCCUAUUUAACCGGUCUACGUGCUGCUUCUGAGGUGAUCAACACCAUGCUCGGCCCAAUUGAAGUCCCUACGCCGCUCGUCCUACCAAAGGAUUCUACGUUCUCUUCUCGGGGCUUGAAGCGAAAAGAGCCCAGUGAUGCUUCGUUACCCCUUUCCCCUAGAUCCAGCAAACAAGCCCGAAUUGAUGAAUAUGAACUGGCUGCUUGGCAACAUAUUGCAGGGAAAAUUGGCGAACGGCCCUGGCGGCCACAGAAGGUAGCAGCAAAUGCAUAUCUCUUAUAUAGUAAGACCUCGUUCGAGGUGGCACGCAAACGCUGCGAAGAGGGUCGUCGUCCUGGCAAAGGGAAGCCGAGCCCUAACGAGGUACGGGUUAUGACAAGCAAGAUGUGGAAGGAAGCAUCUCCGGAAGAGCGAAAACCUUUCGAGGACCAGGCAGCCGAGAUCAAGGAAAAGUACAACGAGUCGGUAAAGGCCUGGGAUGCCAAAGUCAAGGAGUGGGACCAACAAUAUCUCGAGAUCAAAACGGAAUACGAGAAGACCCACAAGCUUGUGCUUGAGGACGAGGGAAGCCCUGCCGACGACAGUGGAAGGGAAAGGAGACGGGCGAAGAUCAGCAACUAUGCUGAGAGCGAGGCGAGCGAUGUCGAUGCUGAUAUGGAGGGUUAA